CAACUUGCCUUCUUCACUCACGUCUGACUCUAACGCCAUGUUGGCUCUUCGGACCUGACUUAUGCGUACGUGUGGAUGUGUUUGCAGCUUUACUACCAACUUGAAAGGAGCGCCUUUUUAAUUUUUGAUGAGGAUUUUUUUUUUUGGUAAUUUUUUGUUUUGUUUUUUUACCUAUUUUUCGCAUGGCGCACUGGAGUACGCGCGCCGCCUUCCCGUUUUAAUUUAAGGAAUACUAUUUGGGAUUUGCGGGGUUUUUCCCCCCUCAUAUGUGCAACAAAAUGUCAGACGUGCGUCUUUCCAACGCAAGUCCGCCGCUGGAAAGGGUCGACCCGCGGCAGCAGGACCGCGUCCGACUCCCGGUGUGCAGGAACCUUUUCGGCACACCUGACCCGGCGGAGAUACUAGCUAGCGUAACGGCCAACUCCGAGGAUAACGCACGCUCCUUCGCGGAACGUUAUAACUUCGAUUUACUCAACGACGAGGCGCUCCCGGGUGUUUUCGAGUGGACGGAAGACCGGGACGCGCCGGAGUUUUACUCCCGACCGCCGCACAGGAAGCCGGAGCCGAGGAGGGACGAUUCCGGGGAGUCGCAACGGAGCCAAAACAGAGACUCUUCGAAGAAAAGACCGUCGGAUUCUACAGGUUCGCCGAGCGAGUUCCCGGCGAAGAGGUCGCAUUCCCGGGGAGACGACGACGACGAGCCGCCCCGAGACUCUGGAGCUCCGGUCCAAUAGACUGGGCAGAAGCAUCAAGAAGAACCCCAUAGGAAGGCAAUAGAGGCUGCACAAGCACUGAAAAAUGUACACUAUCAAUUUUUUGGCACUCUUAUUCAUUUUAUUUCUAUUCUUAAAUUGCCUCAGAAGCAGCAGACAAUGUAGCAACCAUUGUGCAAAUUGAUUAUUAUCCCUCCUGACCCUUCAUUUUUUGGGGUUUAUUUUGACAAUGUUUAAAAAAAAUUUUUUUUUAUAUGUAGCAUUCUGCUUUUUCAUGCCUGUGUCUUUGAAUAUGUGUGAAUUUUGACACGGGGGGGAGUUGCAGUGCAAUUUUUACCCUAAAGAAAACGGUUUAUUGUUCAAGUGGUUAUAAAUGUAUUAUUAUUCAGGUAUUACACUUUUAUUUUUUAAUUAAGUCAGGGUUGUAUGGAAACUUCAGUGUGUUGUUUUUGUUACAUUUUAGCUGGGAAUAACCUGAAAAAGUUUACACGGUCUCCUGAGUGUCCCCUUUUAUUUCCAGAUUUAAUCGAGAGAAAAAAAAAUCUGGGUUUUGCCAAAGUGUGUGCCUUUUUUGCUGAGCAAUAUUUGACCAAAUUUUUCAGUAUUUGCUGAUAAUCCUAAGAAAAUUAUUUGACUGGCUUAAAACAUGUUCUUUUAAAAAAAAAAAUCACUGGGCUACUUAUGCAAAUAUGUGAAAUUCAUGUGGAACAUGUAAUUGCACUAUUAAUAAUUUUUGUGUAGUAGGCAGUCAAACUAAAGUUGCACUGUCUCAGUGAGGUUGUUUAACCGCGGUGUGCCUUGUUUUGAAAAAACACUGAAAAAUGAUACUAAUUUAUUUAUGUUUUUCGUGUUGAGCGUUGCUUUUCCAAAGCAGUUUUUUUGUAAAUAUGUUCUAAUCGUUUUUGAAACGUAAAUAAACGGUUACAAACUGA